UUAAAUCAGAUAGACAACUUUAUGAACAAGUUUAUCGACCUUCACCAAUGGAACCGGUUAUUGUUGAUGAAUUUGAAGAUGAAAUGAUUUUUCCAACAGGUUAUGAAGAAGAUUAUGAAUAUCGUGAAGAUAUUAUGAAACCUAAUCAAGCUGUUGAUCCUCGACGACAACCUAAACAACAACUGACAAAUCAUGAUCGAUCUGAUGGAACAAUUAUUCUACCUUCAAUACCGUCACAAACUUCUGUAACUGUCAAUGGCAAUCAUACAUCCCAUCAAAAAUUAAUAUUAACACCAAAUACAAAACAAUCUCAUCCAAUAGUUAAUUCAUUAAGUUUUGAUUCGAACUAUAAAUUUGAUAGAUCUGAAUCUCAAUAUGCAGGUCUAGUUGAAUCACAACUCUAUUUUAGAAAGAAAAUGGAAACUGCUCCGCCAGUCUAUUCUAAUGUUGAACUUAUUUGUCAAGGUGCUGAAGCACGUCUUUUUCGAUGCCUAUAUUUCGGUCGUCGUGCUAUACUUAAAGAACGUUUUGUUAAAACUUAUCGUCAUCCUGAUCUUGAUAAUGCAAUAACUCUUCAACGUCUUAAAGGUGAACUACGUUUAUUAACACGUGCUAAACAAUUAGGUAUUCAUACACCAUCCAUCUAUCAUGUGGAUUGGGCAAGACGUGCAAUUGUUAUGGAAGAUUUACACGAAGCUCGUACGGUAAAAUCUGUUAUUGAUACAUUGAUUCAAGGACAAAAUACUGUUAAACUUGAACAAUUAGCACAACAAAUUGGUACAACAAUAGGUCGUCUACAUCAAGCACAAAUUAUACAUGGUGAUCUUACAACAUCAAAUAUGCUUUUAACAGAAAAUGAUCAACUCUAUUUAAUUGAUUUUGGUUUAAGUGCUUAUAUACCAAAUAAAACUCAAAUGCUUGAAGCACUUGCUGUUGAUUUCAAAACAUUUCUUUUCAAAUAUUCUUAUGGCAUAUAA